CUUUCUAGCACGAUUUCAACACCUAUCCAGCUGAUUCGAUAGCACCGCCAUCUCACCUGACCCUUCCUCUACGCUUGCCAUCUUUCGCUAGUGGUUGCCCUCGACCAAUCCUCCCAGCCCCCACUUCCGGUCCCAGCGAUAGCAUUCGUCUGUAGCCGUCUCUCGGGCUUCUGACCCAUCUACUCAGGUCCAGGCGCUCGCAGACUGGCUGAGUCGACAGGCGAAAUUGCGCCACCAGGAACAGGAAACUUGCCACGAGAGAUCCCUCUGUGAACCCCCACCCCUUUUUUUUCGCAGUCUCUUUUCUCCUUCGCUUCGUCUCACAACCAUGGUCAACACAGCGGCACCGGGAAGCUUGUCACGCAAGCUCAGGGUCACCGUUGUUGCCGCCGAUGCCCUCAUCAAGCGCGACGUCUUUCGUUUGCCCGAUCCAUUUGCCAUCGUCACUGUCGACGGCGAGCAGACCCAUUCGACUUCUGUCAUCAAGAAGACGCUGAACCCGUACUGGAACGACAGCUUCGAUGUCAACGUCAAGGAUUCAUCUGUCCUUGCAGUCCAAAUUUUCGACCAGAAAAAGUUCAAGAAGAAGGACCAGGGUUUCCUGGGCGUCAUCAAUGUCCCCGUUGCCGACGUCAUCGACUUGGAGUUGGGGGGCAAGGUGCUCCUGACCAGGGAUCUCAAGCGAUCCAACGACAAUCUCAUGGUCCAUGGCAAGCUCAUCAUCGACCUCAACACCAACGUCAGCACACCAAUCGUCAACAACAGCACCGCCGGCGCGGCCCCUAAUCUCAGCGUUGCCGGCGGCCCGAGCGCCUCUUCUACGUCGCUUGCCUCGAGCAGCAACGCGGCUAGGCCAGAUUCGAUGGGCCCCGCAGCCAGCUCGGGCGCAUCUUCGGCCGAUGCGCACCCCUCAACGGGCGCAGCAGCAUCGUCUUCGCCCCGAGUUCCCAUUGUUGCUGAGAGCGGUGGCGCCUUGCUGGGAUCAGGGACUGCUGCUGCUGCUGAUCGCCGCACCAGCGCCUCGGCCGCAGCAGGUGGCACAGGCGCCAGCGCAUCUACGGCUGCAACUGCUUCCAACGUCACUGCUGGCGCCAUCAACACCGCAGCGCGAGCGGGCAACAAUCGUGAUGACCAAGGCGAGCUGCCAGCAGGAUGGGAACGAAGGACCGACCACCUCGGACGUACGUACUACGUGGACCACAACACAAGGACGACGACUUGGACUCGGCCAUCGGCUAGCUCGGGCGUCAACCAGGCUGCCCAGGCAGCCAGCGCCGCUGGGGACCGCCUGCGACAGAACAACCGAGCUCUGGCAGACGAUCUUCUUGGUGUCGACGGUGGUGAUCGCCAGACCGGCACAGGAGCUUCUUCUCCAGGAGGAACGGGUAGUAGCAUCGGACCCUCGAGCGCCGCCAGCGGUGCGCUGCCCUCGGGCAACACCACGACAGCCGGCACCGGUCCGCUGCCUUCGGGAUGGGAACAGCGCAACACGCCAGAGGGCAGGCCCUACUUUGUUGAUCACAACACUCGCACGACGACGUGGGUGGACCCCAGACGUCAGCAGAUUCUCCGUAUCAUGGGACCGAACGGAAACAACCUUACCGUUCAGCCCCAGAGCGUCUCGCAGCUGGGUCCUCUUCCGAGUGGAUGGGAGAUGCGCCUCACUUCGACGGCUCGUGUCUACUUUGUCGACCACAACACAAAGACGACGACGUGGGACGACCCGAGGCUGCCCUCGUCGCUGGACCAGAAUGUGCCCCAGUACAAGCGCGACUUCCGACGAAAGCUUAUCUACUUCCGUUCUCAGCCCGCCCUGCGCCCCAUUCCUGGCCAGUGCCACAUGAAGGUGCGCCGUACGCACAUCUUCGAGGACUCCUACGCCGAGAUCAUGCGUCAGCAGCCAAACGACCUCAAGAAGCGCCUUAUGAUCAAGUUCGACGGCGAAGACGGCCUCGACUACGGGGGCUUGAGCAGAGAGUUCUUCUUCCUCCUCUCGCACGAGAUGUUCAACCCCUUCUACUGCCUCUUCGAGUACUCGGCUCACGACAACUACACGCUGCAGAUCAACCCGCAUUCAGGCGUCAACCCCGAGCACCUCAACUACUUCAAGUUCAUCGGACGAGUGCUUGGCCUGGCCAUCUUCCACCGCCGCUUCUUGGAUGCCUACUUCAUCGUCAGCUUCUACAAGAUGAUUCUCAAGAAGAAGAUUACACUUGCCGAUCUCGAGUCCGUCGACGCAGACUACCACCGCUCGCUGCAGUGGAUGCUGAGCAACUCGAUCGUCGACGUCGUCGAUGAGACGUUCACAGCUGUCGAAGACAAGUUUGGCGAGAUGAUCACCGUUGACCUCAAGCCUGGCGGAAGCGAGAUCGAGGUGACGGACGAGAACAAGGCAGAGUACAUCGAGCUCAUGACAGAGUGGCGAAUUGUUCGGCGCGUGGAGGAGCAGUUCAAGGCGUUCAUCAGCGGCUUCACCGAGCUCAUUCCUCAGGACCUCAUCAACGUCUUUGACGAGCGCGAGCUCGAGCUUCUCAUUGGCGGCAUGAGCGAGAUUGACGUCGAUGACUGGAAGCGCUUCACCGACUACCGAGGCUUCACUGAGAAAGACGAAGUCGUGCAGUGGUUCUGGGAGUGCGUUCGUGCCUGGCCCCCGGAGCGCAAGAGCCGACUGCUGCAGUUUGCUACGGGCACUUCGAGGAUCCCCGUCAAUGGUUUCAAGGACUUGCAAGGUUCAGACGGGCCCAGGCGAUUCACAAUUGAGAAGAGCGGCGAGGUCACGCAGCUUCCCAAGAGUCACACAUGCUUCAACCGCAUCGAUUUGCCGCCUUACUCGUCGAAGACUGUCCUCGAAGAGAAGCUCAUCUGGGCCGUCGAGGAAACAGUCGGCUUCGGGCAGGAGUAGAUUCAACCUAAUCACGCCCAUCUUGUGCACAGCCUUGUCAUCCACACCCGCUUCUGUAUGCGACAGCUCAUACCAUUAUUGUUUAUACUCCCGCCCACCUUUUGUUAUUUCUUCUCG